GCUGCAGAGCUCCUGGAUCUAAUUAUGGACAGCCUUCAGUUAUUUUUGUGGUGACUGCGCACCGGGGACUACUCUACUGGAAUACCUCGCUUGGAUCAAGCAAAACACCAGCAAAGACGUAGUAAAAAAAAUAAAUAAAAUAAAAAAGAAGAAGAAGAAAAAAGAAAGAUCCCAUUUUCAUUUGGGAAGAUGGAACUAUAUCAAAGAAAUGAGAGGAUUGUGGAUACUGGGGCCAGUUUGAGAAUGUCAGCGUGAGAAAACAUCAAACAAGCAGCUACAGCAAUAUGGCAAAAGUGUGCAGUGAAAGCUCCUUUUCAGCAAGACAUCGGCCGUCCACCAACACAUCCGACGAUGAACUCGCUGCCAUGGAAAAUGGGGACAGCAGGGCCCACUCUCUUUGUGAAGACGUCUCCGCAAGAGCAUUGUCCUUAGGGUCUCGCAGAAGCCCACACAGAGGUGGAGGGGCAUUGGCCAGGCUGUCUUACCUCUUCCUCAUGCUGCGGGACUGGGUAUCCCACAGAGUGAACCCUGUAGAGGAGAGGAAUGACUCCUUCCUGGAGCGCAUCAGGGCCCCGGCCCUUAAGGAUGCAACCAGUGGGGAGAGCGAGGCACAAAGAAAGAAAACUCUUUCCAGUAAGUGGCCUCUUGCUACUUACAACAUAAAUAACUGCAACAACACAGAUGACAAAAAAGAGGACAAAAAAGAUGAGAUUAAGAAAGACGAGAAAAAGGAAGAGGAAAAAAAAGAUGAUAAAGACGGAGACAAGAAAGAAGAAAAUAAGGACGAGAAAAAGGAGGAAAAAAAAGAUGAGAAGAAAGAUGAAAAUAAGGACGAGAAAAAGGAGGAAAAGAAAGACGAGAAGAAAGAUGAGAAGAAAGAUGAAAAGAAAGACGAGAAGAAAGAUGAUAAAAAAGACGAUAAGAAGAAAGAGGAACCUCCGAAAGAAAACUGGAUGAUGGAUCCAUCUACGGACCAGUACUACAGAUGGCUGAGUGUCAUUGCAGGCCCAGUGUUUUAUAACCUGAUCAUGAUUGUAACAAGGGCCUCCUUUAAUGAGCUCCAAUCUUCGUAUACCAAACUCUGGAUAGUCUUGGACUAUACCUCAGACAUCAUCUACUACAUGGACACAUUUGUCAGAUCAAGAACAGGUUACCUUGAACAAGGACUGUUGGUAAAAGACAGCAAAAAACUGAGAGCUAAAUACAGAACGACAUCUCAGUUCAAAUACGACAUGAUUUCAAUGAUACCCACAGACCUGCUCUUUCUGCAGUAUGGAUUUGACAACCCAGAGUUUCGCUUCAACCGUCUUUGCAAAAUCCAGAGGCUCUUUGAGUUCUUUGAGCGCACCGAGACAAGAACCAGCUUCCCGAACAUGUUUCGUAUCAGCAAUCUUGUGCUUUACAUCCUCAUCAUCAUCCACUGGAAUGCUUGUGUUUUCUUUUCCAUUUCGAAAAGCAUCGGCUUUGGAUCUGACACGUGGGUCUAUCCCAACAUCAGUCACCCAGAGCACGGUCGCUUGGCACGAAAGUACAUCUACUCCCUAUACUGGUCGACACUCACCCUCACCACUAUCGGAGAAACCCCAGCACCAGUAAAAGAUGUUGAAUUCCUCUUUGUCAUUGGGGACUUUCUCACCGGAGUGCUAAUCUUUGCUAGUAUCGUCGGUAACGUUGGUGCCAUGAUCUCCAACAUGAAUGCCUCUCGUGCCGAGUUUCAGGCAAAGAUCGACUCCAUAAAACAAUACAUGCAGUUUCGAAAAGUCACCAGAGACUUGGAGGCCAGAGUGAUCAAAUGGUUUGACUAUCUUUGGACUGAAAAGAAGACCUGCGAUGAGAAAGAAGUUUUGAAAACUCUCCCGGACAAGCUUAAGGCAGAAAUUGCCAUCAACGUCCAUUUGGAUACGCUAAAGAAAGUGCGAAUUUUCCAGGACUGCGAAGCUGGUCUGUUGAUCGAGUUGGUGCUCAAGCUGCAGCCACAGGUGUUCAGUCCUGGAGAUUACAUCUGUAAGAAAGGGGAUAUUGGCAGGGAGAUGUACAUCAUAAAGGAAGGAAAGCUGGCAGUGGUGGCUGAUGACGGAGUCACUCAGUUUGUGGUGCUCAGCGACGGGGCAUACUUUGGAGAAAUCAGUAUCUUAGGCAUCAAGGGGAGUAAAGCCGGUAACCGACGAACGGCCAACAUCCGAAGUGUGGGUUACUCUGAUCUCUUCGCGUUGUCCAAAGACGACUUGAUGGAGGCGCUCACUGAGUAUCCAGAUGCCAAGAAAGCUCUGGAAGAAAAGGGCAAAGCCAUCCUGAUGAAAGACAACCUAAUCGACGAGGCGGUGGCGAAUGCGGGCGCGGACCCUAAAGAUCUGGACGAGAAGAUCGUGAAACUGCAGGACAACCUGGAUGUGAUGCAGACCAAGUUUGCUCAGCUGAUGGCAGAGUUUACCUCCACCCAGGCACGGCUGAAGCAGAGGGUCACUAAGAUGGAGGGAAAAGUGAAAUCCAUAAAACCAGAGGACCUCUCCGAAGUGGUGGCUGACAAAGACAAAAAGGUCCAGUGAAAAAAAAAAAAACUUUACUGGAGAACUUUGAAAUUGAUUCUCUUUUAUUUCAUAUAAAUGCCCACAUUUUUAACUAUUUAUACGUCGUGUUUAUUAUCAUCACAUUAUGUGUCAAACUGUGUACAGUGAAAGCAGAGAGACUGUUUUUGUGCUUUCUGACUGACCGCUACUUUUGUCGUCUUGAAACAAUUUGAGUGUGUUGAGUGGAAGCACUUGUUUAUGCCAAAAAUUGGCUUUUCAUAGCCUUAGGAUGACUUUUUUUUUCCCUGAUAAGAAUUCAGAUUAUUCAGGUAAAUGUAUUGCUCUUCUUAAGCUGCACUGUUUAUUGUAUAAAAAUUUCAACAUUUUAAAAAGCCAGUAUUGUUCAUAUGUUACCGUCAGUAUACUCUUACAAAUAUGAUUGUUAUAUGCAAAUAAAAUGUUCAUAUUAAAUAACUUCUUUGUCUAUGUGUGAAUAAAAGUGUCAAACUUACUUUGAAAACAGAUCAUAUCCAACUAAUUUCUGAUGGAUCAUAAUUAGCUGCUUAUGACUAUCACUGUCUUAACAAUUCCUGCCUUACUUUACAAUUCCAGCCUCUUUAAAUGCUAGCAAUUUAAAAUAAUUUUUCAAUUAACAACAAGCUGGAACUGCUCAACACUAUAACUCCUCAUACAGCAUCUAUUACUUAAUCUGAUAAAUGAAUUUUAAUGUUGGUGUUUCUAGAUAGCUUUAAACCAUCCACGUAAGUAAUAUCACACUGGUUCCUAUCCAGCCAAAUGUGUUGGUUUAUCAAUAAACAUGCUACAUGGGUAUAAACAUUAGAAAAUGAAAUUAAUUUUAGGGAACAUCAAGUCCUACCACAUUUUGUAACUUUGAAUGUCACUUUUUGAACUGUGUACCAUUUUGUCACAGUGCACCAUUUACUCAAUAGAGUUAAAGUGACCAUUUUGUUUUAUUUAUUUAUUUUGACCAUUUCUAAUAAUGAACUAACCAGCUGGGGAUGCUUUGAGUACCCCAUGUGGCCAAAAAGUUAAUAGCUACAUUAAUCAGAAAGUAGGUUGAGCUGUUAUCAGUUGUAGCCAGUUCAAGACUCCAGGAUGUGAAUCUACAGAGUAACGUGACACUGCGUAAUAUCACUGCUGAGAUAUCAGCAUUAGCACAACGUUUUGGCACAGAUUUUUUACCAUACAGAAAAGAAAUCUGUGACUUAAGCUAGUGAUCAAAUGCCAGUUAUUUUUAUACCAUGUGAAUACAGGAAUUUACAACAAAGCUACAAUUUUUCAACUUUAUUUACCUUGCAUAUUAGAGAGUUUACAGAAGGGUUUUUCACAUUUUCUGCAAAUUCUUUACAUACCUGAGAUACUUGGCCAAAUCAAACACGUAUUGUGGCUGUUUCCCUUAAACAGGCCUUGCACAUUUGGCAUUUGCACGGACAAGUGUGCAAAUCAGUAACUCAUAGGAAACGAGCCAAGAGAUGCUUUUU